AUGAGUCUCCAUGUGGUGCCCCUUAACCAACCUUUGCAAGUCUACUUAUUACAUAAGAGCAUCUCCAACGGAGCUGCUAUUGCGCAACCGGGGACCAAAUUUGAUGGCCCCCGUUGGAUUUUGUGCUCCAACGGUCCUGCUAAACAACCCGCCACACAUCCCCAGUGGCUCUCAAACCCGCGACCGCCUGCUACCUUUGGCAGCCCAAUCCCCAGCCGCAAUCCACCUUUCAUCCACUCCUCCACCUCCUCCACAUCACAAAUUCCACCAACAUCUCAAUCCACACAAGCUUUCCAUUCCUUCAACCCAAAUUAG